AUGUUACAAAGUCUAGCGGUCGUCAGCAGUUGUCUGUCGGGAAUCUCGGCAUCUCUGCCUGCCUUAUCGGGUCCACUAUUGAAAUUCAUUGACACACCAGUGAAGUUCUAUCCAUUCGAAUUCCUUGCGGCACCAUCUUCGUUGAAACCACCAACUCGAAACGGUGAGAACAUUCGUGAUUUUGUGUUGAGUCGAAUGACGGCCGUUGCGGAUUAUCUGUUGAGAAAUCGUGAAGAGGACACGAAAUCGUUGAGUGCCGUAUGCAAAAUCCUCUACAUUAUACUAUUCCAGAGAGGCAUCGAUAAGGCGAAAUACGAAGCUCAAAACCAGAACUAUAGCGUAUCGAAACGCAUUGUCGGUGACUCUGUGCGAGGCAAUCGUGCGAAUAUUGAGCUGGUCACCUUCGAGUAUAUUCUACUGCAACACAAUGUGGGUUUUGGUUUGUCUUGUUCGAAGAGUAACUUUUUUUCAAUGGACGAAGAAUAUCGUGCAAAACGUUUGCUGGCUCGUUCUGGUUAUUUGGUCACAGAGCGACAUUUGCAAACGAUGAAACUUCUCGUGCGAAUUUCUACAAGUGCCUAUAGUGCUGUACGAAUCGAAGCUCAGCGCGUUCUGGACUGUUGUAUACAGAAUUUUCCGUACGCUUAUCUGCACAUUAUUGAUGAUGUUUUGCCUCUGCUCAAAGAAUCUCCUGAUAUCACGCAUAAACAAUUCAAGGUUUGUUUGAUGGAUCAGUGCUGA